UCGAAUUAAAUUUUGAGACUUCCUUGCACCGCGAAUUUCAUAAAUUUAAAAGUCUAUAUUGUUAAACAAACUUUCUCUUAUAUUAUAACAUACAAAAUGGAUAAUUCUAGCUUGGAAUUUUCAAAUAACAAAUCACUGACUGCUUGCGCUGCAGUAAAACAUGUUAUGGAUAUUCUAUUAUCUAAAUUUCGUCCAUUAAGUAUACGAAUUCACAAGAAAAUGUUGUCAUUAGACAGUGGUAUGGAGGAUGAAGAUAUUAACAAGAUUCAAGAUAUGCUUGCCUUGUGUACUAGCCAAAUAAAAAAGAAUGUUUUGAAUUUGAUAGAUAUUUUUAAGGCAGAACAAUGUCAACAACUAUGUCUUCAGGAAAGUCGUCAAUUUACUAUUGAACGCUUAUCAUGGUGUAUGAACAGAUUACAAGUUAUUGAACAACACUUGUCAUCUAAUUUUGCAAGUUAUGAUGAGGAUAAACAGUCCAUCUUUAUUACUCCAAUGCAUUUUGUCAAUUGGAUUGACUACACAUUUGAAAUUCUUGCCAAACUAUCUGAAACUAUUUAUAGGACUGACUAUAAGACAACUGAAAGCAUGUAUCAGCAGUGGAAAGAUGAUAUAGUUGACUGUGUUACUGUUUUGCAUAAAUGCAUAGAUGAGCUGUUACUUUCUGCAAUGACCUUGUGCCGUCAUUGUAUUCCUUCUGACCAAUAUAUAGUCAAAGCAAGAUGUCAAGUGGUGUUGAGAGAAACGAAAGCAUUAUUUAGUGAGCUUGUAGAAGAGUCACAGGGUGAAACAUUCAAAGUUACUCCAGAUACUUUAAAGUUACAAAUUAAACCUUCCAAUGUUAAUGUUCUUAUUGAUGUAUUGAAAGAUGUUUUAUAUGUAUUAGAAACAAAUACAAAUACUGCAUUAUUGGCAUUGUUAGUGUAUUGCUUCAGUAAUAGCAAAACCCCUGUUGAUGUAUUAAAGGAACACUUCAGUGAAAGUGCAAAGGAACAGUGUGGUUGUGCACAUAGUGUUGAAAAUGUUUCAGAGGAAUGUUCUAUUAUAAAGGAUUUUGAUUUGUAUAAUGAGAGGCUGAUGCAGAUUGGAUCAUUUGCUAUCUCCUGUUCAUCUGAUCAGAAUAGGAUUUUAUCUCUUCGUAGUGGAUUAGCAAGCCUGGAAGCUUUAGAUCCACACUUAAUUCCAGCUGUAAUACUUUCGGCCGCAUCUAAUCAUACCAUUUUAUUAAUGAGUAUUUGGAAACAAGAAGUACAGGAGAUAAGAGAUAAUGUUUUCCUAAUUGUGGACCCUAUUGCUUUUACUGAGAAAUCAAAACAAAUUAUGCAUCAAGUACUCUUGGAAUUAAUAAUGGAAAAAAAAUACAGCAAUGGUAAAGUGUGCUCUGUUAUUAAUAUAGGUUGCAUAUUACAUGAAUUCUUUUGUGUUUACUAUAAAAAUGAGCCAGAUGCUCUGAUACAUUGUGAAGAGCUACUGCCCUUGUUGGCAGAUUUGGAAAAAGUACAAAUUGAAUGUAAAAUCGUAAGCAAUAUUCUUAUAUCAGGCGACGAUUUUAAAUAUGAAGUUAAAAAACGCGACUAUAACAGAGAAACGUCAUUCGAACAGCUAUUGAAGCGACUAAAACUACUGUACACUAUCGUCAGUAGGAUUAAUAUACUACUACACCCAAAGGAGAAUGAAGACCAGUUGUUUGCCGAAGAUUUUUGUGAUAACGAUCCACCUGGCAAUAAAAAUGUUACUCACACAAUACUGCCAAUCAAUCCUAAUACAUACGUAAAUUCUCCAAGAAAACUAAAUAAUUUAACUAGAAGUGUUUUUGCUAGAAGUACGAAUGUACGGUCAUCGUCAAAUAAUUUUCUAUUAUCAAAGUUGACGAAACAUUUGAAAGAUAAAACGGAAUGUCAGGCUAAUGUGCUAAGUUAUUCCGCAAGAUUAGAUGAACUAUUAAAUAACACAGAUAAUUGUAAUGUAAAUAAUACUGAACGUAAAUUAUUGAGUAUUCGUGAACCCUCAGUAUUAUUUAUGACACCAAUGAAGAGUAGAUCAUCGCUACGAAGAGCAGUUUUAAAUAGCCAUUACAAGUUACAGCUUACAAAACCGGAAAACAGAGCUUGUAUGGAUAAAUCAGUUACAGAAAAAGAAAGUGUAUUUGAUGAAACAAGUCUACAGAUUACUGAUGUUCUCAAUGAAAUAAAUGAUUUAACUAACAUAUUGUCAUCAACUAAAGAUUUAUGUAAUUCAACACACAAAACAAGAGGUUCUAAAUAUAACAACAAGAAAAAUGUCUUAACUUUGAAUGUAAAUGAACAAGACACUACUAUUUCUAAACAUAUAUGGAAUAUUCCAGUAAAUGCUGAUAUUGUGGAUAUGCCACUUGAUGAGAGUGCAAUGACUUCAAAUAUAUCAAAUAUAACACAGCCAUCUGAUGUGACCACCCCAGAAAGAAUAAGCGACUUGGAUCUUGUUGAGAGUAAACUGAAUAGCUUAAAAUUUCUACAGUUUGAAACUAGUUUGUAAAUUAAUAAUAUUUAAGGGUUGUUGCCGUUCCUUAAAUAAUUACUAUAACAAAAUAAAUAUGUAUUAAUUUUUUUUUAUUAGAUCAUAACAGAAAAAAUAACAUGCAAUUGUUUGAGAAUGUUUAAUAAUUUCCCUUGGUGACGACGCAAGUCGUAGAUUAAUAAUUUGUAUCAAAUUUAAUAUUUAUAUAAAUUGAUCUAGGUAAAAAUAAUUUUCAAAUAUUGUUAUUCCACAGCAAUUUUCAUUCUAGCACUUUCUAAAAAAACAAUUCUAGGCGAGUACUUACAUUAAUUCAGAAAUUACGUGCUCAUUCAUAAUUCAAAACGUAGUAGAAAGUGAUUCUAUUCUUCUUAUUAUUAUUCAAAUAUUCGAAUGGAACAUUUAUCAAUAUGUCCGACGUUCGUCUCAACGUUUUUGUUUUGCGAAUUUUGUUUACACAUUUGACCAUUUUUUUUUAAUUUAAUUGUAUAUCUGUAUCUAAAUGAAAUUAUUUGGC